AUGGCGCAAGAGAAUUCGUAUACAUCUUCAAUCUCUAAUACAGUCCUCAUGAAACAAAUCGCAUUGCUCCUUACUUUACUAAUAAUUGUGCAAGGAAUUUUUGCUUCAUCGUAUAAACGUUGGGUUGCACCAACUCUUGGUGAUCCUUAUAUUCCACAGGGUGCUCUAUCAGGAUACGGCACAGGGAUCCCAGUUGAAAAUUUAACAGCCCUUGCCCGUGUUCCACUCGGAGGAAAUACAACAGCAGUAUUUAUAUUCAAGCUAACUGGAGAUACAAUAUUCUACGACCUUUAUCUCGAGGGGUUUAGUUCAAAGAGUGACUGUAUUUCGUGGACAGUUGGGAUAAACCAUGUUAUGAGUUACACACCUGCAAAUCAAAAAACAUGUAUAUUUAAUAUACGUGAACCAGCAGAAUGCCGUGCUUCUCUUGGAGUAUCUGGUAUUUACAUAAACGAGACUCCUCAGGUAGUAGUACUACAGCUAGUCUGGCGGUUGGUAAUAAGUAUACCAUUGAGAAACGCUUUAUGUUGGUUUCAUAUUCUUUUGAUGAUCAGGUUGUUCCGGAAUACUUUUGUGCGAAUAUUGAGCUCGGUACAGGCACAAUAG